AUGUCGGACCUGCGAAGCUUAAGUCCAUCCGUCACAUCAGAACUCUCCACCUCCGAACUUCAAGUAUCCCUGAAUCAUACUUUACAGGGCUACCAGCCUUUGAGUUCAACAGACGACACACCUUUUUUUCUCCAGAUUGUUUUCAAGUACCUGCCCGCAGACGGACAGCGUAACCUGAUCGAAGACUUAUCUGGAUGUCAAGAUGACCAGGAGGUUAGACAACUUGCCGAGAGCAUAGACACAGGUCUUCUCCGCCCUAUGUUGUCUACCGGUGGUAAAACACCGGCAGUCACUCCCUCAUCUCGUCUCGGUCUUGAGGACUCGAUCGAAUACUUGAACACCUUCGAUGUAGAAUCCGUGACACGAGUUGACCAGCAGCGACUCCGCCAGGAGUGCUUAGCCCGCGAUGGCUAUAAAUGUGCGAUAACAGGAACCUGGGAUAUGGAUACCACCCCACAUCCCCCCGGGCGGCCUGUACACAAAUUGCAAGCAGUUCACAUUAUUCCCUUCUGCCUUGGAAAUUUUCGCACCGACGACGAGCGAGGUAAAAUGUCGGCAGUAUGGACUAAUAUCUUUCGAUGGUUUCCAAAUUUACGGUCCCGUCUCAAUAUGUUAUUAGGUGAUGUUAAUCGCGAAGAUAACAUCCUAAUGAUGGCUUCUGUUUUUCAUGAAGACUUCGGAAUGUUCCAUUUCAUUCUUGAGCCAACAACAGUACCAAACCGGUAUCGAUUGAAGAAAUUCCCGAGACGCUCAUGCCUUGUGAAUUAUCCGACGGCAACUUUCAUCACCCUUACAAACAAUGAUACCCGUUUCAGAGAUCCAAACCCAGAGUUUUUAGCUGUCCAUGCAGCUAUCGGUAACAUUCUCCAUGCUAGUGGCCCUGCUGAACUGAUCGAGAAGCUCCUACGAGAUUUCGAUGGCGCUGAUCCCUUCCUAGCGAAAGAUGGAAGCACCGAUAUCAGCAGCCUGCUUUCCGUGAGUUGUCUGUCGCUUUUGAGUUCCCGCGGCAAUACAAUUCAAAAUGACGAAAUCACCAAGGCCAAGCGAAGACCUGUUCAAGCUGAACUGCAAGGAACGGAAAAUCAGAAGCCCAGGUCGAAUGACUCGGGCCAUUUGCCACGAUGA